AUGGCACCAUUAUCUCGAUCAUACUCAUUACCCGUCUCUCUGACAAACCCCGUAUCGCGACUCAAAGCCUUAAGUGGAGCUGCGGGUAGAGAUGAGGUAAGCCAAAAACAUCGUCGUAGUUCCCAAAACUCCCCUACAACUUCCACAGCCCCUCUCGCAGUCGUGAUAGAAGGGAGAGCAUCGUCUUCUACAUACCAAAGACAUUCUCCAGACAGUAGUAUCUCAGAAUUGGAUUCUUCUGAGAGGCUGAGAGAUUCCCCUCCUGAAAAAAUAUCUUCCCCACUCGUACAACCUUCCAAAAGAUGGAGUCUGUCUAACAAGAUCAAAAAGACGUUAUCUAUCGAUGUAUCUUCCAAAUCUGGGAAAGAAGGGCUGGGCUUGGAAGGGAUUGAGUCUGCUCCGCUAGAUGAGGAGCGGGGUAGAAGACGAUUUGGGAGAUCGAAGCAUGUGAAAAUAAAAGAUAAAGAUAUAGAACAAGCGCUAACUGUCCCUCCUCCUAAUCAAACUUAUCCACCUACUACCACUUUUACGAAUGCUCUCACUCCUUUACCUCUCGAUGAUCAGGCAUCGCAUCUCAUUCUUGGUGCUAUCGAUCGAGGACGACCAGGUCAGAUCUCGCCAAGCAGCUCACAAACGGAACUCAAUAAGCGCUCAAGUGGUGGAGCUUUCGCCGCACUGGGUUUGAAAGCAGCUGCUUUGGGCUUACCUACUUCGUCCAGCAAGACUGCAGAGGAACCUAUCCCUCAAGCCACUCCCGGCGCUUCGACUACCCCCGGCACGACUUCUACACCCAAAGCAUCAUUCCUUCAACCUUCUAAACCUGUCGGAGGAUCUUCCACUAGAGGACCCAGAGCACCAUCUCCAUUCUUCAGAGCCAGACGAUCAAGGGAAAAGGCUCGAGAGAGAGAAAAGUCGCCCGAAGUUCAAGCGUUGAAAAAAGACAAUUACGGUGCCGAAUCAGAGGUGGAGCCAGAAACAGAAGCUGAAGCUGAAUCAGUCGGAGUACCGAAAAAGUAUAGACCUCAAGUCUCGGCGUAUGUGGAUGACAGUGGAUCGGAUUCAGCCUCUCAAUCCGAUUCCGAUUCCGAACCAGAAAUCGAUGACGAAGCUGAUAUUAUCGAUGAAGAUGGUGAGGUGAUAUUCGAUGAGGAGACCGAGAAGAACACAGAAGCAAAUGCCGUAUUCUUCGAAGGUGAUGCUGCUGGAUUAGGCGGAAGAUCAGCCGGUGAUGAUCCAGAAGUAGAAACGAUUGAACCAAGGGAUGAUGCCGAUAACAGAAGUCAACUAGAUUUCUUCGGUGAAGAAGUUGAACAAGACCUUUUGGGUGAAGGUCCAAAUGUCGUCGUUCCACCUCAACAUAUGUUCCAGACGUCCUCCAUGCAUCAGCCCAAAAGAAAGAAGUCGCUCAAAUCAGGUAUUGAAUUGGUUACUUCCCGUCCUUCUUUCGCUAGAGAUAGGUGUACGAUCACGUUGACUCAUGGUGAACCUGAUGAAGCGUUAGAACUUAGUGGAAAGAGAUUAAGGAGAUAUGUAGUCUUGAGUGAUUUGAGUGAAGAAUCUAGAUAUGCCGUUGAAUGGGCAAUUGGAACGGUCGCUAGAGAUGGUGACGAGUUGUUCUUGAUCUCAGUCAAAGAAGAGGAAGGGAAGGUUGAUCCAAAGUCAUGGUCGAACUCCGACCGAGCUCAAAAGCUUCGAGUACAAAAAGAGCGCCAAACAAGCGCUCUUCUACUGGUCAGACAAGUCACCGGAUUGCUUCAAAGAACCAAAUUGAAUAUCACAGUAACGUGUCAAUUUGUCCAUGCUAAGAAUGCCAGACAUAUGUUAUUGGAUCUUAUCGACUUCCUGGAACCUACGAUGGUAAUUGUUGGAUCAAGAGGUCUAGGAAAACUCCAAGGUAUUCUCUUGGGUUCUACUUCGCAUUAUCUGGUACAGAAAUCUUCAGUUCCCGUAAUGGUUGCUCGUCGUCGUCUUCAACGACCAAUGCGGAAGACCAAUCCUGCGAACCUUCGACACUCACCUAGAGUCGGUCUUGCCUCUGCAAGUAUUGAGAAGACAGCCUCAAGUAGACAAGAAGAUGAAGUUAUGGACGUUGCUGAAUCUGAAAAAGAAGAAGGCGGUGGCGAUACUGCAGCAUGA